UUUAAAUGCCACCAAGCUGCACUGUCCACCGUGGUGAAGUAUGGUCAAACAACAAACCCCUUCCACGAGUCGGCCUUCUCCCACAGUGGCUUGACAAGGUAUACAGUUUGUUGUUGCUGUAUGAUCCGAGGCGCAGGGGGGCGUGCUGAUGGCAGGACGGCAAUGGAGGUGAACUGCUCCCAGCAGCCGCAGCAGCAGCUGCUGGUCAAGGCGCUGGCCCGGACCGUUGCGGGCGGACGGACCCUGCUGGGUGGAGCUCGGGCGGAGAGCGAAGAAGACGCAGGUGAGCUGCAGGAGUUUGUGCUGCAGAAAAUCACUCGUCUGGGUGCGAUGAUCCGAGAGUAUGCACAGCUCAUGUCCAGCGUGUUGGUGAGCAGCCGUGCUGACCUCGAGGAGCUGUGGAGGCGCCACUGGGGGAAAUCCGAUGUGCGUGAUGCAGUGGAGGAACUCCUGCAGCUAGAGGAGGAGUGGAGCUCAUUUCUGAAGGGCAUAGAUGAGCGCCUUGACAACGAGGUGACAGCACCAGGAGUGGCAGAGCCAGCAGUGCAGCUCCCGCUAGAGCUGGAGCUCACGGAUGCGUGCUGUGGACGACAGGUUUCUCUCGCAGAGGUGCUGGGUGAGGACUCUUCACCCGUGCUGCUCGUGCUGCUUCGUCAUCUCGCCUGACUGCCCUGACGCGAUCAUGUUGCCCGGCUCCUCACUCACCAGGGAGACUUGGCCGCGCGGGUGGUGUUGGUGUCGUUCAGUAGCUGCAGCAGAGCUAAGGCCUGGUUGAACGAGACGGGAGCUACUUUUCCCAUGCUGCUCGACCCCAACAGACGAGUGAGUAAUGUACCGCAAUCUGCUGCAGCACCCAAUCAAGCCCUGCUCCCUGCUGCAAAUUAAUAUCACUGAUUGCUGUGCUAAAACAAUACUCCAUCCUGCAGGAAAAACAUCACUCAGUGCAUCACUUCGAGACUACCAAGACACUACUCCAUGGAUAUUGUUAUUUGAGGUCAACAAAGCCCUUCAACACCUCUGACCUAGAUAAAAUGAGGACCACUUCAUGGGAAAGCACUAGCAGUUGUCAUCUGGAUGGAGUGGCCCCUGCCACAAAUGGAGAUGAGCACGAACGAGCUCAUUUAAACAGGGACACACAAUGAUUUUUUGUUACAGUAGAAGCUGGAUAUUAGCACGUAUAUAUAAGCAACACAACUUUAAAUUUCAUUGCUGGGGGAAGGCGGAGGGCAACUUUGGAGCCAUGCAUACUUCGGUUAUGAGCACACCUAGGCUUCCUGCGAAGGGGUGUGGUUAUUACCAAAAUUCUGUUUCACAAUUUUAUUCCUGGUGCAUUGUCGGUUGAGCAGUGCGACCCCGUGUACAUGAGAAUGGACCCUGAAAGGCUUUUCAUAGAAUAAAAAAAUCACUAUGUGCUCUUGACGCUCGAACCACCCAGUCACCUUGCAUUUACAUUUUAAAGUGUAUUUAAGAUUAACUGUAUGGAGAAUGGUACAACAAACAAAGUAUUGUUUGGAAACAGAAGCAAGUCAUCGU